UAACUGAUAACUAAAAUGAGCGGCAAAUAUCAAACUAGAAUACCCCAACAAGGACCCGCAGCAAAGAAAAAUAAUAACCAAUGAAAUAGACACAUUCAUUCAUCGUAACAUCUUGUUCAGUGUUCUUUAGGCCUGCCCUGAUUCAACCGAGCCGCUAUAUCGAACUUUAAAUAUAUCAUUAACAUAAACUUAAACUCCAUUGAAUAAAUUUCCAACGGUUUAUUUGUGAUGAGAUGAGAGUGAUUGUGCCUUUGCAAGGUGUUGUUCAAGGAACAGGUGGUCUUUUUUGGGGUUCAGUUAUUCCUUGUGCUCUUUUCUAUUUUCUUCAGCUUUUUCUAAAGACACGUCAUCAUAACCGUAACUGUCAACCUCCUCCUUCUAACAACCUUCCGCUUCCGGAGGCCUCCGCCUUGUCACGCUCUCUUUCACCGCGGGUUAGAGGUUCAACCGCUGCCUCCGUUUAUGUUUCUGCGAGGGCCAAUUCUGUAGUCGCAGAUUCUCCUUAUUACGUAGGUUUAAACAAAGUCGCAGAAAACCCGUAUCAUCCGAUUCAUAAUCCCGAUGGUGUUAUUCAGCUUGGUUUGGAGCAAAACACCCUAUCCGAGGACUCAAUUCAAGAGUGGAUUCGUCAUAAUGGAAGCGCCGCUAUACUAGGCACACCGGCAAAUUGUGGUUGCCUCAGUUUCACUGACCAUGACCAUGGAUUCAUGGAGUUCAAAGUGGUUGUGGCUGGUUUCAUGUCUCAAGUUUUGGAAAAGCCAAUUUUUUUCAACCCCUCGCAUAUUGUACUAACUGCAGGUGCCAACCCUGCCAAUGAAAUUCUAAGCUUCUGCCUAGCAGAUAAUGGAAAUGCAUUCCUUGUUCCCACACCUCAUAGUCCUGGCUUUGAUGAGGAUGUAAAAUGGCGAACUGGUGCGGAUAUAGUAUACGUUCCCUGUCGCAGCACGGAUGACUUCAACCUAAGCAUUACCUCACUUGACCAAGCCUUCAACCAAGCAAAGAAGCGUAGUCAAAAAGUUUGUGGGGUUAUAAUAUCAAACCCUUCAAACCCUACCGGAAAAUUCUUAAAUCGGGAAACACUACUUGAUCUUCUGGACUUUGCUAGAGAGAAGAACAUUCACAUAAUCUCUAAUGAAAUAUUUGCAGGCUCUACUUAUGGAAACAAGGAGUUUGUGAGCAUGGCAGAAAUCAUGGAUGCAGAAGAUCAUGAUCAAGACAGAGUUCAUAUAGUGUUCGAUUUAGCAAAUGAGCUCAAUCUUCCAAGUUUUAAUGUGGGAGUUAUCUACUCCUAUAAUGAGAAUGUUGUGGCUGCUUCCAAAAAAUUGGCGAAAUUCUCAUCUGUUUCUGCUCCAACACAGCGAUUGAUUAUCUCCAUGAUUUCAGAUACAAGGUUUUUUCAGGAUCUCAUAAAGACUAACAAAUUGAGGCUGCAGAAAAUGUACAAAGCAUUUGUGGCUGGACUAGAGCAAUUGGGAAUUGAGUGCACCAGAAGCAGUGGUUGUUUUUGCUGCUGGGCUGACAUGAGUAGAUUCAUCCGCUCUUACAGUGAAAAGGGCGAACUGGAGCUCUGGGAUAGAUUGCUGAAUGUAGCUAAGAUCAAUGUUACCCCGGGAACCUCUUGUCACUGUAUCGAACCUGGAUGGUUCCGUUUUUGUUUUACAACAUUGACUGAAAAGGAUAUUCCUAUAGUAAUGCAACGGAUUGAGCAAAUUCUCAAAACCGCAAGUUGACGUGGCGUCCAUUAUUUCUGCAAAUUUAGUUGGUUUACUGAUUCUUUAUUCUUUGUGGUGAAGCCGACAUCACUCCUCAAAGCAAUACUCAGCUGUUUGUGUUACAUCCAGAGUCUAUAUACAAAUUGAUGCAAGUUUGUUUGCUAAAAGAAAACAGUCAUUUGUAAUCUUAAACUAAUAAAGACAAUAUCGGGGAAAGAAAAAAGCGGAGGAUUCUAAUAAUAGGCAAUUAUUUUUUGGGAAACA